GUCAACAGGUCAACGCGCCUGACUGGCGCCGCCGUAAAUGGCGCUGGUGGCGGGAAAGUUGAGUCCCUGGUUCGCCGAGCAUUCGGGGCGAUGUGUAGUGACUUCCACAGGGCGGAGUCUGGGACGGAGCUCCUUGCCCGGCUUGAAGGAAGACGGUCCUUGAAAGAAAUAGAACCCUGUCUGUUUGUCAAUGAAGAUGAACCUGUGCAUGGUGAUAUUCUUGAAUUUCAUGGUCCAGAAGGAACAGGAAAAACAGAAAUGCUUUAUCAUUUAACAGCACGGUGCAUUCUUCCACAAUCAGCAGGUGGACUGGAAAUAGAAGUCUUAUUUAUUGAUACAGAUUACCACUUUGAUCUGCUUCGGCUUGUUACAAUUCUUGAGCAUAGACUACCCCAGAGUUCUGAAGAAAUAAUAAAAUACUGCCUUGGCAGGUUUUUCUUGGUGUACUGCUGCAGUAGCAGCCAGUUGCUGCUCACACUCUACUCACUAGAAGCCAUGUUUUGUAGUCACCCCUCUCUCUGCCUUUUGAUUUUGGAUAGCUUGUCCGCUUUCUACUGGAUAGACCGAGCCAACGGAGGAGAAAGUGUUAACUUACAGGAGUCUACUCUGAAGAAGUGUUCGCAGCUCUUAGAGAAACUUGUAAAUGAGUAUCGCUUGGUUCUUUUUGCAACAACACAGAGUAUAAUGCAGAAAACCUCAAACUCCACGGAAGGUUCUUCCUCUGCCGUUAAGCGCCCGAGUGAUACGAGUGUGGACUACAGACCCUACCUCUGUAAGGCAUGGCAGCAGCUGGUCAAGCAGAGGGUGUUUUUCUCCAAAGAUGAUGCUAAAGCCAGUAACCAAUUUUCUUUAGUUUCACGUAAUUUAAAAAGCAACACUUUAAAAAAACAUGUUUUUAUUAUUGGGGAAAGUGGGGUAGAAUUUUGUUGAUAUAUAUCAAAAUACUCUUGCAGGAUAUUAUGCAAGGUUUUAAAAGUCUUGAGAAAAAAAUAAAGAGGAAAAAGUCUUAAAUAGGCUAAAGUGAUUCAGUUCUGAAGUUUUAAACUCUAAAGGAAGUAACAUAACAGUAUUUCUACACAGAAUGGAUUUCUUAAACUAGUACAGUAAACCUCAGAAUUUGUUCAAGUUUACUCAAAGUGAUAUUAACAAUUAAACUAUAGAUUAAAUUUAUUUUAUUAUUAUUUUUUAAAUUUUUACCCAAGGAUUGAGGAUUUUUUUCCAUUGAUUCUAGAAAGAGUGGAAGGGAAUGGGGAGAGAGGAGAGAGCGAGAAAGAAAGAGAAACAUCUGUGUGACAGAGACACAUCGAUUUGUUGCCUCCCACACACACCCAGACCAGGGUUGGGGAUCAGACCUGCAACCCAGGUACGUGCCCUUGACUGGAAAUCAAACCUGCUACCCUCCCCCCACCCACCCACCCCGCACUGCCCAUCCCCACCAUUCUGGUGCACAGGCUGACACUCUAACCACUGAGCAUGUGGGCGAAGGUUAAGUUUGUUUUAAAACUAAAUAAAUAAUAUACUCAUUUCAGUCUAAAUAAAAUGGAUUUUUAUAACUUUGUGUCACAUUUCUGGAAUUCAGUUAAGUAGUUAUUUGUUAAGGAAAGUUUAAAUGCAUUUUUAAUUUCUCAUAUGUAACUCCUUUAGGAAGCUGUGAUUUUGAAAAAUGUUUCUGUAGAGCUUUUAUUUUUGUAAAAGCAAUGGAAACAAGUCUACCCAUCUGCCUUUGACACCACCAACUAUGGGAAGUCAGAGCAUUUUAGUCCGAGUUAGUUAAACUGAAAACAAGAUGGAGUCGGGCUUUUGUAUAAUUUUUUAGACACAGGGAAAUAAGAUACCCACUCAGGGAAUUCUGUGAAGAGUGUUUUUGAAAUUUUCAGCUCCUCCUUAAGUGAUAGAUGUUAAAACUAUAUAUUAGAACUGUGUGUUACUAGUAUUUUCUCAUUUAGAAUAGUCCAGAUAUACCCUGGAGUGAAAUGAAUUGUUCCAGCUGAGCGCUGGACAGGGUUCUAUAUGCUCUGGUCCAGUGAUGGCCAGAAGGGGAGCACACACCUCAAGGGGCACGGAAGGUACUGUAUGGCAGUAGACAGGACAGGAAAAUCUUAUUUAUUUUUAAUAUAUUUUUAUUGAUUUCAGAGAGGAAGGGAGAGGGAGAGAUAGAAACAUCAGUGAUGAGAGAGAAUCAUGGAUUGGCUGCCUCCUGCAUGUCCCCACUGGGGAUGGAUCCUGCAACUGAGGCAUGUGCCCUGACCGGGAAUCGAGCCAUGACCUGGGUCAUAGGUCGACGUUCAACCACUGAGCAACACCGGCUUAGCUAGAGCAGGAAAAUUUUAGAACUUCUAUUUGUACAUUUUAAUCCAAGAAAAGAUGAAAUUACAUCAAUAUUUGAUAGGUUGAUCCCAGCACUCGUACAAUCUAUAUGUCAGAUGGUCUUAAGUCACGACGUACAUAUCUGAAGUAUCCUGUGGGAAAAGUAGAAAUAAAUGAUAGUAUUUAUUUUUUAUUUUUUUGUUAAUCUCACCCAAGGAUAUUUUUUCCAUUAAUUUUCAGAGAGAGAGUGGAAGGGCGGGGGAGAGACAGAGAGAUAGAAACAUUGAUGUGAGAGAGAGACAUCGAUUGGUUGUCUCCCACACGCGCCCUGACCAGGGCCUGGGAUUGAGCCUGAAACCAAGGUAUGUGCCCUUGACCAGGAAUCGAACCUGAGAGACUUCAGUCCUAGGUCAACACUCUUAUCACUGAGCAAAACUAGCUGGGGCAAGAAAUGACAGUAUUAGUUAAAACUGUCAACUCUAACUUUUCUAAUCUAACAAAGCAAAGAAACCAAGACUGAAGCUAAUUUUCCCUGACGCAGGCACAGCAGGUGUGGCAUCUGUUGUCUGUGCCCCACCAUGUGCCCUGGGCCUCCUCUAGCUCAUGUGCAGUUACACAGUCCUCGGACUUAUGCAGGUGUCGUCUGGAUCCAGAGCGUGCUGGCCUGCAGGUGGCCAGGCUGGGCAGUCCUUAGCAGUGGGGGUCAGGAUUUGGUCCAUAAAUACAUAGCGCUCAGUGAGAGGGCACUGUUAUUUCUCAGAGUGGCCCCAGUGGGACUAAUUCCCAGUUGCUUAAUGCAAAUACCAUUCAUUUGACAGUAUUAUUGCCUUCCAUCCUUCCCUCUCACUUCCCCACUCUCUCCUGGGGCCUCCUGGGAUUGUUUCCCUAGUGAUUGACAAAUUCUUGUCUAGGAACUCUUUUUGUUGCAGGGUUAGGGGGACCAAACUGUCAGCACUUAAUAAAAGUCAUCAGCCCUGGCUGGUUCGGCUCAGUGGAUAGAGUGUUGGCCUGCGGACUGAAGGGUCCCAGGUUUGAUUUCGGUCAAGGGCACAUGCUCAGGUUGCAGGCUCAAUCCCCAGUGGAAGGCCAGUAGGCAGCCAAUCAAUGGUUCUUUCUCAUCAUUGAUGUUUCUAUCUCUCCCUCCCUCCCUCAUCCUCUCUAAAAUCAAUAAAAAAUAUAUAUAUUUAAGAAAAUAAAAGAGAACCACAUUCAAAAAAAUAAAAAUAGAAGUCAUCAGCCCAACAGCUCUUGUAGGCCCAGCAUUUGCUUUUCAGCCACAUUGUGAAAUUAAAUGGGAUAGCAGUCUAAUUGGUAACACAUUAAAUUACAUUGGGUCGCAUUACUGUCAUUCACAUCCACACACCUAUCCAUCCUCAGUAAAUGUUAUUUUGCCAUUAAUAACAACUACUUAAAAAUAUUACAUGCUUUAUCUCUAGUUCUUCCUUUUUCAAGUUAUAUUUUUUGUGGGUUUUUUGUUAUGUGUAAUAUGUGUCAUACAAGUAAUUUAUAAAUAUUUGUAUUUUGGGGGAAUAUACUUAUUUUUACAAACCCUGCUAAGAGUAUAUGGUCAUUAAGAUUGAGAUUCUUUUGCUCUAUUCUAGACUACUUCUCCUUUUAGCUGUUAAGAAAAGGUAUGGCAAUUCAGUUUCCUUCCCUGUCAUACUCUGUGCUUUGGUCGCAUGUUCACUUGUGUGUGUGCUUGUGUGUGUGAGUGUGUAUGUUUUACAGAUGUAUAUGAAAAACUUCGCAACUCUUAGCCAAACUCUAGCUUUGAAUAUGACAGAAUUUUCCAUUUCUCCUCUGUAUAAAUUAAGUGUUAAUUUAAUGAGCUGUUAUUCACAGAUUUCUAACUUAUUUUACUGGAACAUUAUUAAAAAUAAUGAACUUUUAUAUUAAAUUAUCAAUUAUAUAUUAACUAGGGGCCCAGUGCAUGAAUUUGUGCACCUUGAAAGGAACUGUGGGCCGUGAGGCUGUGGUAGGCACAAGGGCAGGUCUUGGCCCAUCCUCUGCACCCCUGCUCGGCCCCUCCCACCACAGCCCCCAGUCCCCUGUCUGCCAGCAGCCCCGCCCCACUGCCGUCGCUCCCACACACUGACAGUGCCAGCCCCACUUGCACCCGCUGACAGUGCAGAGCAAUUGGGGCCGGUGCCAGCAGCGGGUGAGAGCAGGGCCGGCGCCAUUAGUGGGUGUGAGCG